AUGGCUGCAAGCAAUCCCUCCCGGCAGCUCCUCUGCCUCACGAUGCUCGGAUACAAGAAACCGGGUCUAACAGAGGAAGAGCUGUGCAGCUUUCAGGUUUGCCAACACUCCCAGCUUGUCUGCGGUUUGAUGGAGAAAUACGGGGUGGUUCGAUACAGUAUAACCCAUAAUGCUGCCAAGCCCAUGAACCUCCUUCCCAGGGUAUUCGAUCCCAAGUACGUGGAAUUCUCGGAUUAUGACUUCAUUGUCCAGAUCAUUAUUCCAAAUCUGGAUGUGUUUUUCGCCCUUAAGGAGGACCCCGUUUACCAGGAACGCGUGGCCAUGGAUCACCUCAACUUUGCCGAUCGAAGCAGCCCGUCUCGAAAGACUCGGAUGAGCCUUGGAUAUGUCCACGAAAUCAUUCGUGACGGCAAGGUGGUCUACGUGGACGCAGUUGAGCCCGAGUGUCAGAUCUACAAUAAUUUGCUCAGUGAUCAGGGGAAAUUCAUUGCUGCAGACGCUUGA